AUGCUGCUGUCCCAGCUCCAGGAGUUCCACAGCCACUUGCGCCGGGCCAAGAAAGUGGUGGCGCUUGUGGGAGCCGGCUUAUCUGCCUCCCUGGGACUCGCCACGUUCCGUGGCACCCAGGGGUUGUGGAAAAAUUAUAACAUGAUCGACCUCGCCACCCCCGACGCCUUCUACGUCGACCCGGGGCUUGUAUGGCAAUUCUACCUGUGGCGGAGGUACCAGGCGCUUCAAGCUAGUCCCAACCGAGGCCACAAGGCGCUAGCAGCGCUCAGUAACGUGCCAGACUUGAAACAGUGUACCAUCAACCAGAACGUCGACGGGCUCCUUACCCGCGCGGGCCACGCCUCCAAACACCACUUCCAGAUCCACGGACUGUUGUUUCAGUUGAAAUGUACCAGUUUUACCUGCAAUUACGUCGAUCCAGCCAACUUUACCCACCCGUUGACCCCGGCGCUCGUAGGCACCGAGUUUGAGUACCAGGGCCAACUGACGAGAAAACGCAGACUCAGCCACGAUGAACAUACUCAAAAUACCCCCAAAAGUGCCGACAGUCUGCCUCAAUUCACCCCAGUACCUCAAAUCGAGGAAGGAGAUCUACCCCGGUGUCCUCGGUGUUCGCUGCUUUUACGCCCCGGAGUGGUAUGGUUUGGCGAGCUGUUGUCGCUUCAUCAGAUUCAUGCUAUUGACUCGUUCAUUGAGGAGGGGGAUCCACCAGAUUUGAUACUAGUUAUUGGCACUCUGGGAACGGUGUACCCGGCCAAUUCGUAUGUGGAUCGGGUGCGGUUCCAUGGUGGUAAAGUGGCUGUGUUCAAUACCGAUAUUGAUGAACCCAUUAUUAACGGAGAGGUUAAGGAUACUUGGGGUUUUGUCGGCGAUGCCGCUGAGACCCUUCCAGAAGCGUUGGCUCCAUUAAUCGGUGAGGUAGAAGAGGUGGCCUCAACAAGCAAUAGCGAGCCGGCUACCGAAACUAAAGGCACAUAA